GCCCAUGAGUGUGACGUCAGUCUCUCUAUCUUCUAUCCAAUAUCGGUGGUCUGACCGCAUCCAUUUCAAUGGGCGGCCUCUGUUUGCUACGUUCCCUUCCCUUCUCUCUCCUCGGAAACCAAUCAUAAUUUCCUCUUCUGUUCUUUCUCUUUAGUGCAGCGAAUUCACAGUUCUGGUGAUCAAAUCAAUCCGAUUUUUCAUUUCCAUAGAGUGAUUUGCUUUUGGCGAUGGCGAUGCCAGUGGUGAACACCGAGUAUUUGAAAGAAAUUGACAAGGCUCGACGAGAUCUCCGUGCCCUCAUCUCACGCAAGAACUGCGCUCCCAUCAUGCUCCGCUUGGCGUGGCAUGAUGCGGGAACGUAUGAUGUGAAUACCAAGACGGGUGGCCCUAAUGGUUCGAUUCGUAAUGAGGAAGAAUUACUUCACGGCGCAAAUAGUGGCCUCAAAAUUGCUGUUGAUUUCUGUGAAGAAGUAAAAUCUAAACAUCCGAAGAUUACCUAUGCAGACCUAUACCAGCUUGCUGGUGUUGUUGCUGUUGAGGUCACGGGUGGCCCCACCAUUGAUUUUGUUCCUGGUAGAAAGGAUUCAAAGAUUUCUCCCAAGGAAGGUCGACUACCAGAUGCUAGGAAAGGCGUUCCGCAUCUGAAGGAAAUAUUUUAUCGGAUGGGUUUAUCUGACAAGGAUAUAGUGGCACUAUCUGGAGCACACACUCUGGUACUUUGCCUCUGAAAUUGUUUGCUCUGUUUCUUCGUUAUGCUUUUCUUUCCGUGUCAUGGAUUUAUGCAAUUUGGUUGCUAUUUUGUGCAAUAGGGAAGAGCACAUCCAGAGAGAU